GAUAAUUAGAGAGGACCACCACCGGCCUCCGUCUGUGGAGGCACAGUGAUUACUGUCGCUACACCCUCCCCUGGGCCGGGUGACAACAACCACAGAAUUAAUACUCAUCAGGACACACACACAGACACCUCACGCAGCCAAGUGUCGCUAAAUUAAAUGUGGUUCUUUCAGACAACAGUCAAAGUGCUGCUGUGGUCCCCUGCUGUUAUUUUUUGCACCGUUUUAUAUAUAUAGUGUCUGCAGGCUGAAAGAAAGUUUACGGGGUUUUUUAACUGUGUGAACCCUGUGUGCUCAGAAGCACCUUGCUGUUGAAGUACCUGUGAGCUCCAACAACACAAGUUGUGAGUUCUAUCACACCAUACUGUAAAUCACGCCAUUCAGCUCCGGGUCGGUCAUCUCUGUGAGGAAAAAAAAAAGUGUCAGGUUUUCCAGAAAAACAGCAAGAGUGACAGGCUGUCUCCCCACACCAGUGGGCGCACCUCACAAGGAUUUAACUUUGCGCUACUGUAACAUACAUAACCACACCCUUGUGAACCCAUUGGCCCAAAGUUUCCUCGGCACCGCCCUCGUCCGAACGCAUCCGCCCUUCAGCGCUCCGCAGACUGUUGCUGCCAAACCAGCUGGCACUUUCAACUCAUAAUCUGACCUAUCACUGUACUGGAAACCGUGACAUUUAAACUCAGGCUUUAACUAUUAUUUUUCUUUAUACUUAACAGUGAACAUAUCUCAGGUCUGAACCACCAUGCGGAAUGUGGACAAACUCUAAUUAACUUUUCCCUGUAGGAGCGCACCUUCCACUAAAAAGACAGAUUUUUUUCUUUUCUUUUUUUUUUUUUUUUUUUUUUGGAGCGACUUCAACCAGUUUACCUUCAUGCAUCAUGCGAAACUGCAGUAGCGGAUACCGCAGCAGUUUGAGCUUGUUCAGGAGUUGGUGAAUCUGCAAAAGCUGUUCUCUGAGUUUCCUCUGUCGGGUCUCGUCACCUGGUUCGCGCACCACUCCCCUGCCGGUGCAGAAACUUUCCGCGGCGACCAGCAUGGGCUCCCCGAUGUGGACAGCGGGAGCUGUGCCUGUUUGGAAAGCCACAAUUUUCCUCUUCAACAUAAUCUCAGCUGUUGUAGCCAAAAGACACGUCGUGUACUGGAAUUCCACCAACGCCAGGUUGACAGCAGGAGAUCUGGUCGUCCAGAUGAACCUGAACGAUUACCUGGACAUCUACUGCCCCCAUUACUCCAGCACAGAGACCCUGGGCUCCAGGCAGCCGGAGUCGCUGGCCCUCUACCUGGUGGCAGAGGAGUCUUUCCAAGGCUGCGUGGAGACCAGAGGGGCCAUCAAAAGAUGGGAGUGCAACACCCCCUACGCUCCGUUCGGACCAGUGCGCUUCUCUGAAAAGAUCCAAAGGUUCACACCCUUCUCACUGGGGUUUGAGUUUCUGCCAGGGAAACACUACUACUACAGCUCUCUACCCACGGAUGAAGGCCCUCCUCUGCCAUGUAUGAAGUUGCGUGUCACAGUGUGCUGUGAGCCUACAUCAGAGGGUUCAAAACAAAUACAAGAAACUAAACCUCUAAGCAGCGUUUCCUCACCGAGGACGGCGUCACUCCCGCUCAUCCUCCUCCUCGUCCUCCCCCUGCUGACCACCUGACCCGUCCGUCCGUCCGUCUGUCUGUCCGUCCUCAUCAUCGCUGACCUGUUUUCCGGGGGACUGGGAAUUGCUCAUCAGACGUUCAAAUGCUGAAUGCAGCCUGCGCUCAGACAGCAAACGGCACAACUCAACACAUGCUAAGCUAUUGUAAAUGACUGGUAUCACCUUACCUGUGAAAUUCCAGGAAGAAUCGGAUGUCUUUUCCAAAACGGGGCCACGGUGACUCAGGGACUGACUCGCUGGAUCACAGUGAUUCAUUUCAUGUUAUUUUCCCCCCUCUUUCCACCUGUUGUGUAAGUGGUAGCACGGUAUAUUGUGUAUGCAGCUAGGACUAGUCAUAAGCGUCAUAUCCCCACUCUGAUGCCAGAAGAACAAUAAGUCCGUCAAGACCUCUUCGCACAAAGUUUUUUUCACUUUUAAUUUCUGGUUUCCUGCGUAUUGUUUUGUUCCUCGCGUCAUCUUGAGAGACUUUCCUCCAGUUGGAAAGUGACCAAAUAAACACACACUACUGUCCCGAGUGGCUCAGGUUGGAGUUCAGUCAGUUUGCUGGUGACUUUUUUUUUAUUUUUGCUGCGCGUGUGGAGGAGCAAAUUACUGCCUCGAAGAUAAACGUGUUUUGUGACUAAUUAGAUUUUUGAAAAUUAAGUAAUUUUAGGAGGAAAUGAGGGAAUAUUCUGGAAGAGUGAGACUGGGCUGCUGCGCCCCCUGCUGGGAUUGAACUGGUUGUACUGGAGUUGGACGGGGUUGGCCAUGAAUCCAAAUACUGGACACUAGAUUCUGGUGCUGAAUGGAAAUGAUGGGACCUGGGACAGAGUUUGUCCUCCCUCGUCGAUCACCCUGCUGUUCUUGCCUCAACGGAUUCUCUCUGCUUCAGAACAAAGUGCAGAGCAGAGGGGUUUAUGGGUAAACGGAGAGCAUCAGCACAAUUGGUGGAUUCUCCUGUUGGCGUACCAGACGUGCAGAAAUGCAUACAAGCUUUUUGUUUGUUGUUGUUGUUGUUGUUUUUUAACGCAGGUUAAGGUUAAGGUUUUCCUGUAUAGUUAAUAUAUUCUGAAAAAAUAAGGUAUAUUAACUACAUAAAGCCAAUGUUUUAGCAAGAACUAUUUAACUGCAAAAUCGGGAAAGGUUAUCCAUUUUUACGAACAAAGAAACUCUGAUUUAUUUUCUGGAUAUGUUUGUGUUUACUGGUAAAUUGUCCAUACGCUUUGUAGAGUGUCGUUUCGCGAGUUAAAAAUAUUUGAAUUAAUUACAUUUUUGCCAGUUUCCAUUUUUCAAGAAACCAUUAAAAAUGGCAGACAUUGAUUUACACAAAAAAAGAAAAAAAAAGAAAAUCAAUAACUAUUUGUCUUAGAUUUUUCAAAAAUUUUAAUUAGACGUAAUGUAUUCUUCCUUAAAAUCAAAUAUGAAAGUUUACAUAUUAAUAAUGUUUCCUAAUUAUUUCCCCUUAACAUCGGAGUGACUUGUGUUCAGAAAAUCUAUCAGUUAAUUGUAAAGUUUACUCUAGCUUUAAAAACUACGUUGUUAGCGCUUAAUAUAUAUCUUUUCGUGAAGCGUUUGGGUGUCAGGAUGCUGUAAAUCACACCGGUAUUCUCAUAUUAUUAUUAUUAUUUUUAUGUUAAUUUCCAAAAUGGGUGAUGAAACCAAUGUUUGAAGACGUGUUAAAUAAUUCUGUUGGGUAGAAUCUCUGCGGUCAUGUGCUACUAGGAUUUUGUCGUGUUAUGUGCGUGUGUGUGUGUGUGUUUUAACGU